AUGUCGAGCCUCAUCGAAGCCACCUCCGAGCAGGAGUUCUCGUCGCACCUCGUCGCCCUCCCUUCCUCGUCCUUGCUCGUGCUCUACUUCCACACUCCCUGGGCUGCUCCUUGCACGCACAUGCGCACUGUCCUCUCCACUCUCGCAUCCCAAUACCCCGUCACUACCCCGCCCGCCAUCUCUUUUGUGAGCAUCAACGCAGAGGAACUCCCCGACAUCUCCGAGGACUAUGAUGUUACCGCUGUUCCAUUCGUCGUCAUCAUCCGGGAAGGCAGAGUCCUGGAGUCGGUCAGUGGCAGUGAUGCCACCAAGGUGCGGGACGCUGUGGAACGGCACGCUGGCCGCGGACCCGGCGCGGAUGGCGCAAAGGCCAACAUCCCUCCACCAUUGACUGCUACCCCGAGAGAAAACGCCCCGACGACAGCUACUCAGCCUCCAGUGAACGCGAACGGUACUAUUGGUGGGUCGACGUUGACCCCCGAGCAGUCGAAGGAGGCCCUGUUUGCUCGUCUGGCGGAAUUGGUCAAGGCUGCGCCGGUGAUGCUCUUCAUGAAGGGAACCCCGAGUGGGCCUCAGUGUGGCUUCAGUCGGCAGUUGGUGGGGAUCUUGCGUGAGAACAGCGUCAAGUACGGAUUCUUCAACAUCUUGGCCGAUGAGGAUGUGAGACAGGGUUUGAAGGAAUUCGCAGACUGGCCAACUUUCCCGCAAUUGUGGGUGAAGGGAGAGCUGGUCGGUGGUUUGGAUAUUGUCAAGGAGGAACUCAGCAGUGACCCGAACUUCCUUGCUGAAUUUUCUGUCAGCAGACCCGCCGCUGCUGCUUGA